CAUUUUUCUAAUAUUCAGUUACAUAAAUAAGGAAUUUUCCUCUUCCAUGAUGCUUGUUCUCCUUCAAAAUAGGGAUAGUAUUUUGGAAUAGCAUCUACAUGUCCAUAGGAUCAGGUGCUCCCAAUCGUGACGUGAAUGGACAAAGGGUGAGGUGUACAUCCACUCUCCAUCUUUGCCUCGAGCGUACUAUUCCUAUAUUUACCUACCUGUUGCUGGUUCAAAUUCAUAAAUGAUGGAAGAUGUGGAAGUUGUGGUGACGGGCUACGGCCCAUUUCGCGACCUCCAGGAGAACGCGUCGUUCAAGAUCGUCUCCGGGUUGCCCGACAGGAUCGAAAGAUAUGGCGAGCGCAUCCGGCUCAGGAAAUAUCAGAGCCCGAUCCCGGUGGCGUAUAGUGCGGUUCUCCCGCUCGUUCCGCGGCUCUACCGAAUGUAUCCCAAGGUGGAAUACUUCGUUCAUGUGGGCGUCGCCGGCGAGGACGUCGAGUAUCGUGUGGAAACCCGGGCAAGAAAAGGCCCAUACGAGGCCAAAGACGUCGAUGGACGGUAUUUCAAGCCUCCUCAGACAAAGGAGUGGGCGGAAUUGCCCAAGGAGGUCCAUACAAGUAUCAAUGUUGAUCGAAUUGUGAAGGCAUUGCAGCAUCAAAAGAAUCUCAAGAUCUAUGUAUCGGACGAUGCGGGCCUCUAUUUGUGCGAGUUCAUCUUCUACAAUUCCUUGGUACAUUCACAGAGGCUGAGCAGAGACGGAAGGCAUGUCAAAGGCAUAUUUUUCCAUGUCCCGUCGGGUUGCUCAGCAGACUUGAUCCGUCAAGGUCAAGAUUUGCUCCUGCAGGUAAUCGAGGAGAUGGUUAGAUUGGAGCGAAGGGAUAAGAAGACCGGGAAGUCUAGUGGAGCUCGACUCUGAAGUUAUGGCGAUUAUGAAGGCGCUUUGGUUCCUUUCUAGGACCAGCAUCUGUUGAUAUAUACGUGAAAUUUGAAGAAAUAUACCCG